UGUGCUUAGGGUUUCACUUAGCCUUUCUCCAAGCAUCAAAGGUUUCCGGUGAUAUUUUCGGGUAUAUGACCAGCAUGAGGCCGGUGUUUUGUGGUAAUUUCGGGUACGAUACUCGCCAGUCUGAGUUGGAGCGCCUCUUCAAUAAAUAUGGAAGGGUCGAGCGCGUCGACAUGAAAUCUGGUUUUGCCUUUGUUUAUUUUGAUGACGAGCGUGAUGCUGAAGAUGCCAUUUCUCGACUUGACAACACACCAUUUGGUUACAGCAAACGUAGGCUAUCAGUGGAGUGGGCAAGGAAUGGUGAUCGGGGUGGUCCACGUCAUCGUGAGGGCUCUAGGUCAAUGGCCAACCAGAAGCCCACAAAAACUCUUUUCGUGAUCAACUUUGACCCAGAGCGCACAAGGAUCCGUGACAUUGAAAGGCACUUCGAACCUUAUGGGAAGGUUCUGCAUGUGCGGAUUAGAAGAAACUUUGCAUUUGUGCAGUUUGAAACUCAAGAAGAUGCUACAAAAGCCCUCGAGUGUACUCAUAUGAGCAAGAUACUGGACAGGGUGGUGUCUGUUGAGUAUGCCUUGAGGGAUGAUGGCGAACGCGGUGACAGACUGGACAGCCCUAGAAGAGGUGGUUAUGGCAGGCGUGGGGAUAGCCCAUAUGGUGGUAGGUCAAUUAGUCCAGUGCAACGCAGGGGCCGACCAAGUCCUGAUUAUGGGCGGGCUCGCAGUCCAGCCUAUGAUAGAUACAGUGGUCCUGCCUAUGACAGGAACCGCAGUCCGGAUUAUGGCAGAUACCCUAGUCGGUCACCUGUGCGGAGGUCAAGAACCUGAAGCUUGUUCAGGACUGAUGGUUGAUAUCUGAAA